AGUUUGUGCUCGACAGAUCGAUGCCGCAAUCGCAGCAGCAGCAGCAUCUUGUACAGCAAACACAAACUACGCACCAGCGACGUGAAGAGCGUCGUUUUUCAUCACAUCCAAGGCAAAGAAGAGACAGUGGAAGAACGAUACAUUCUGAAGACAGAAUGGUUGCUUCCAGUGAAAGCAAACGGAAAACGUAUGUUUUAAUUGAUUCAUCAAACAUUUGGCACGCAGCUCAGUCAUUAUUGGAACAACGCAUUCCAUUGAAGUCUGUAGGUAGAGACGACGGAGUGUCCGACUUGGAGUCAAGUGAUACUAUUCGCGACCAGUUGUUUGCCACUUUCAGUUGGUCUCAUACGAAAGAUAACCCUCUUCGUGUACGAGUAGUGUGGCCAAAGAUAAUUCGUUUUUUUACUGGAAUUUUACCUAAAAAUGCUGAAGUUUGGGCUUUUUUGUCUUUGCCAAUAGACAAGCUGACGCAGACGGGCAAAAUGAAGAGUGUACAGAAGGGGAAAAUAAUAUCCCUGGGGCGGUUAGAAGAAGAGGACAUUGUCAAGCAUAUUUGGGAAGGGUUGGAUUAUCAUUGUAAAUUCGAUUGUUAUGAUGAAAAUGGAAAACAAACCAAGAAAGGCAUAAAUCUUGACAUUAGACCUCGUGAAGGCAAAGAAAAGGCAGUUGACGUGGCGCUUUGCAAAAAAGGAUUUGAAAUUCCUAUAAAUUCCGAAGUGUACAUAUUCUCUGGCGACGGGGACAUGAUUCCUCUUUACGAAGGCCUGCUUGAAAAAAACUGUAGUGUGCACGCAUGCAGCUGGUCUUGGAGUUUAGCAUCAGCUAUCUCUAAUCUAGAACGUAUUUCAGUGCACAUUAUGGAUCGGUACUACUUUCAAGUCACAAAAUUUCUUCCUCAUCAUGAGUAUAUAAGCCUACGAUGGUUCGGCACGCAAGAGCACUGGAAGUUACAGUCGGGAGAAGACUAUUACGAAGAAAAGAAAAUUGUGGAAUUUCUACUAAAUAAUGUGGAAAUUCUACCGUGCUCUUUCUACAUCAAGUGGAACGACGACAACGGAGAUAUUACCUUUCGCUUUUUUGUUAACAGCCAUUUUGAAAGUGAGGAGUUAGCUCAUCAUGAUCCCGCUGUAGCGAGAAGAGAUGAAGUUUGUAAGAAACUAACCCUAGAAGAACACUUUGGAAAGAUUCGAUUACAAGUUGUGAAAGAAAGCAAAAUCAACGUAGAAGAUGACAGCGACGAUGUUCUCGGGCUUGUUUUCGACGAAAAUUUUAUAAGCGAAUCAAAGGAAUAACUUUUUAAAUAACGUGAUUAAUGUUUAAAUCUAACUGUAAAACUACGCUGGUUGCAGAUUUCUGUAUAAUGCUGAAGCGCUAUGACGUAUCUGGAUACAUCAUCUAGAUCUAGAUACAUAGAUAGCCGUAGUGUGUGUGUGUGUGUGUGUGUGUGUGU